CUGAGUUUACGGGUUUCUUCGGGUCGAAGCAAAAAACCGGCUGUUAGAGAGGAGACUUUUUUGACCGAAGAGGAUUUUUUGAGACCAUUGAAUGGUGAGUUAUGGAAACUUUGAAAAAAUGGGAUAUGGGGCUUCAAGAUGUGGUCAGGAUUAUUUCCGAAACUAUGUAUUGAAGCUCCAAAUAGAUAUAUACCAGAUCUAUUAUUAUAUGGGACCUUCUGGAGCCCCAAUGCCAACCUUUGAAAAACUAUGAAAUAAAAAGUUUCGAAUUUUUUGGAAUUCUGAAAUUUUUUCCGAUCACCACUUUCACUUCCCCAUUAUAAUUUUUGAUUUUUUGGAUUUCUGGUGUUAUAUUUCCAAUAUUUUUUCAGCCGAUUCUGAAUUCUAUGUGAAAGCUUGAAUAUGUAACUUUUGGAUGAUUUCUAGAUAGUUUUUAAUAAGCUUAUUGUUAUUCUGAAAGUGAAAUCACACUAUAUAUUUUUGUUGUGAAAAAACGUUUGAGAAAUUAGUACUCAGGGACAUUUUUAUGUAAUAUAUCAGGAUUACAGUAACUUUUAAUAUAAUUAGAAUUUGACUUGGGUUUAAACAGAACCUUGUUGAAGUUCUAAUCUUAUGAAAAUAAAAAAAAAACAAAGUAAAUACAUUUUUUUCUAAAUCAGUAAUUAAGCAAAUCAAAUCUUAAUAUGAAAAUGGAAAUUUCAAAUUUAGACCUUCAUUAAUUUUUUUUCCCAAAAUACUAAAAUUAACCUCUUCCUAGUCUUUUCGAAUCUCACUUUCUCAAAAGAUUCCAACUUUUGUAAAAAAAAAAUAAUCCAAAGUUUAUUACCAUGCACCAAUAAAAACUAUAUACAUAAUCCCCAGAUUUCACUUUUUCACAAAAAAAGUUUCGCUUUUUUCGAGAAUUUCGAGAAACAAACUAGUAUCUUGCAGGUUUUUUGUGUUUUCAAUAAAUUGCAUUUUCAGACGAUGAAACAUUUCUGACUGCUGACGAUUUCAAAAAUGCUGAUAAUUUACAACGCGAUCAUAUUCCAGCUGGAAAGAUUUUAUGGAAACAAGUUUUUCGAAAAGGUGAUAUUCGUGGAAAAGCAGCGUGGAAAUUGGAAAAUUCGGCAAAUUUGCGAAGAAAUGGAGUGAUUACGGGAACUAGAAAAUGGCCAAAUGGUCGGAUACCUUAUGUUAUAUCAAAUCAAUAUAAUGAAAGAGAAAGAGCGGUUUUGGCGAGAAGUUUUCAAUCGUAUCAUGAUAAAACUUGUAUUCGAUUUGUGCCAAGAACUGCCGUCGAUAAUGAUUAUUUAUAUAUUGGAAAAAUUGAUGGGUUAGUUGUAGGGUUUAUUUUUCAUGAGAACUUUACUUAUCUCAAAAACAUGCAGUUAGCAAUUUAAACUCUGGAAUUAAGAUUAUCAAAAACAAAUCCUUUCAAAAUUGUUUUGAUUUUCCCAAUUUUUCUAGAUUUGUCAAAUUACAGUAUGUCCAAACUAUGGCAAAAUUUUUGGCAUCGAAAAUAAACUUGCUGUUUCAAAUUUUUCAUUUUUCAAAAAUAUUUUUGAAAACAUUUCUGCAUCGAGUGAUUGUAUUUUUUUCAAAAAUUCCAAGUUUUUGAAUAUUUUUUGUAUAUUAUUGCAGUUGUUAUUCUGAUGUUGGUCGAGCUGGUGGUCGACAAGAACUCUCCCUAGAUAAUGGCUGUCUUCAAUAUGACACUGCAAUUCACGAAUUAAUGCAUUCUGUUGGUUUUUAUCAUGAACAUGAAAGAUGGGAUCGUGAUGAACAUAUCACUAUUUUAUGGCAUAAUAUUGAUCGAGAAGCUUAUGAUCAAUUUGGAAAAGUUGAUUUGGCUGAAAGUUCGUAUUAUGGACAACUUUAUGAUUAUUAUUCGAUUAGUGAGUUUGUUUUAUGAAAAUUGAUUAUGACAAGGGAAAUAUUUACAGUGCAUUAUGAUUCAUUGGCAUUUUCGAAAAAUGGAUUUGAGACAAUGGUGGCGAAAGCAUCAGAAAUGACACCAGUUAUUGGAGCAGCUAUCGAUUUUAGUCCAGUUUGUUUUUUUUUUUGAAUUUGGGAACUUUUACCAUAUUUUUUAAGGUUUUGAUGCUCUAAAGAAACUUCAACACUUUUCAAUUAUGCAAAAAUAAUUCAAUUUUCAGAUUGAUGUUCUGAAAAUGAAUCUGAUGUAUCAAUGUACAGAUCUGAAAACUGGAACAAGUCCAGCAGUUCCACUUCCACUUCCAACACCUUCCGAAAUCCUCGAAAAUAAAAAAGAUUCACGAACAAAAUCCAUCGAACCAACUCAAAAAAUCGAAGAUGAAGAUUGUCGAGAUCGAACAAAUCUUUGCUGGCGUUGGUCGGAUCGAUGCAAAUCAUUCUUUUUCGAAAAAAUCAUGCAAGAAUUUUGUGCACUUUCUUGCGGAUUUUGUGUUCCGAAAAAACCGCAAGGUUUACCAAAUAGUGUUUCGAAAGCAUCGCCGCCUGCUUUUGCAUCAACAAUUCUAACAAAAUCAAGCACUUCAUAUCUCAAUCAUGGAUAA